AUGUACUCAUCGUCAAAUCCGUUUAAAGGUAAAGUGUUCCAUGACUACGAGCACGAAGAUGUCUACAUGGGUGUGGUAAUUGACUACCGUGGAAAAGUAAGUCCGUGUUCCGGCAAUAAGGAACUUGAAGCCAACAAGAAGAAGGUGCUGAAAAGCGGUCCUGAUGACAACGUGUUCCUCUUCUUCUCUGGGCACGGUGGAGUUUCCUUUCUUAGACUGAUAGCAGAAGAUCUGCAUGCCGUGGAGUUGAACGAUAUCCUCGCCCACAUGCAUUCAAAAAAAAAGUACAACAAAAUGGUGCUGUAUGUGGAGGCUUGCUACUCUGGCUCUCUGUUUCGGAAUAUUCUUCCUCCAAAUAUGGGAAUCUACGUGAUAACAUCAGCCAAGGAAGAUGAACAAUCCUGGUCUAUUUUUUGUACUGACAAGGAUAUCGACACUUGUCUAGCAAGCGAAUUCGCGUACGCCUGGACUAAAGAUUCUGAAUACCAUGACAUGAAAAGGCAUACACUGGAUCAACAGUACGAGGAGGCGAAAAAAGUGACAGCGGAUAGUCACGUGAUGAAGUACGGUGAGAUGGCGAUGGGAAGUCUCCUAGUUGGAAAAUUCCAAGGUCAUUAUGUUCUACCGAUGCACCGGAGUGACGGAACAAUACCACGGAAUGCUGUAGAUAGAAAACCCUCUUGCCAGGCGCAUUUGUUUCCAAAGUCUCGGCGGCUGAUGGAGACCGCGACUGAGGGAGAACAUGAGAACGCUUGGCGAAAGCUGCACCGUGCAACUCAGCUUAGCCACAUCUUCAAGGAGACGCUUCGCGACAUCGUCGUGGACGUGACGACCCACCAUAAGCCAACUCUGAAGGGCUUGUCUAAAAGUGAUGAGCUCAUGUGUUUUCAGGCGGUAUUCGAUCAAUUCCGGACGCACUGCUUCACAAUUCAGAAGGUCCCUGAAGUAGCCCAGCACACAACUCGCUUAAUGGAGCUGUGCAAAGCCGGAUACGAGGCUGAAAUCCUCAUCGACUCCGUCCACAACGUUUGUUCUUAACGGACAUGCAACGUGUUUUGUGAUUUUGCCGGUAUAAAAUGAAUUACAGAUGGUCCGUAUCGUGUU